CAUGGAACAAAUAAUAAAUCAUAUAAAAAAUAGAAAAUACUGAUUUGAAAAAAAACCAUAAAAUGUUGAACCGCAAGUGACCUGCGGUUGGACCAUGGCCGGACCGCAACUGACCAGCGGUUGGACCAUGGCCGGACCGCAACUGACCUGCGGUUGGACCAUGGUCGAACCGCAAGUGACCCGCGGUUCCCAUUUUCUGUGUUUUUUUUUCAAUUAAUGUUCUUAACUCGUCGGAGUCGCUACUCAUGAUUCAAACGUCAUAUCAACGAUAUCGGCUUCAAAAUGACGAUGAUGGAUUUUUCUCUCCUUAGAUAGUGUUUUUUUAGUCCAAGUGAUGUUUGUUUGAGGAAGGGAAGGUAAAGAAGCUAAGGGGGUUAAAAGUGUAACUUUGAUACUUUAUAGGGCGACCUUUAACAAUUUUAAGGGCGACCUUUAGCAACUCCCUAUUUUUUUCGUUAAGAGAAGCGCCCUAUGUCAAAUGGUUCUAGCCCAGCAGUUCCAACUGCAGUCCCGGUGAUCCAGCAGGCUUCUGCAUCCAAACAGGUCGCAGUAAUCCCUCACCCUCCUCCAGGUGGUAAUACGAUCAAAUCACCAAACAUGGUUCCUAUUCCCACGGUUUCGAACAUCAAGCUUUCUACACCGGUUACUAAUCUCCCAGCCACGAGAAAGAGAGGAGUUUCAGCUUCAACUAAAGUCCUGAAGGCCCCAAAUGCUUCUAAGAAUACAACUCCAACAGGCUGCACUGUGAUUACAUCGGAGAGGGUCAUGGUUAGUCCUUGCAAGCACAUAUCUUACACUGUGGAGAGAAACCGUCGCAUUUCUUCUCCACUAAAACCUGGGGCCAAGAGAUCUGGAAAGAGGGACUGCGUGAAGGGAAGGCUGGACUUUGGUUGCUCAGAUGAGAUAGUAGUGAGUGUGGAUAAGAUCAGAGUCGAUGAUGGGACUUCCACGCCCGAGCCUGAUAAGGAUGAGAAUGUGUUUGGCCUUGAUUUACCUAAUAUUUUUGGACCAAAUUUCUCCUUCAGCGAUCUGAUGAGUGAUCUGGAUUUUGGACUGGAGGGAUUUGCCUCCUGCCCUUGUGAACCAACCUCUGCUUCUUCUACAGAUUCAGCUUCUGGGACAUCACAAGAUGGGAAUGCAGGGGUAGAUCAAGUGUUUUCUGAGUUCUGCUCCUCUGUUACAGAGGUGAUAUCAGGAAAUGAUAUGCAAGGUUGUUCUGAUGCCGUGACUGCGGUGCAAUCCGUCACAAAAUCAAUAAAGAUAUUGUGCCCUGCACAAGGGUCGAAUGGGUUCUCAGAAGUAGCAUGAUUGCAGCUUUGAUUGUGAAGGAUUGAAAUGACCCAG